UCCUGGCUCGUCCUUAGUGCCGUGGGGACGCUUGUGGGGGAAGGACCUGCCGCUCCGUGGACUGAAAGCUCAUAUUCCCGAAAGAGCAACCGCAUGGCCGCACAUAAUGUUGACGCCUGUGACUGAGGCUGCCGGGAUGUGAAAAGAAAAGAAAACGAAAGUGGAAUCGAUGAUAAUAAUAAGAAUGCGUUGAGUGAAGCGUGGAUGUGCUUAUCAAGUGUGAGAUACGAAGUUGCCAUGCCCUUCAAGGAUGUGCGGCUGGGCGUGGAGCUGUGGGAAGUGGGCGAGCCGCUGGGUCGUGCUGCCGGGGAUCCAGGCGGCGAGGGCGUAGGGGGCGCCUUGAGCCCCCCGGGUGAUUCCCAGGGGGGUCCAGGCGGGCCCGGAACUACCCGCAGUGACUCCUCGCGCAGCGACACCUCGUCCUCAGGAGCUUCGUCUUCGUGCUGCUCCUCCUCGGGCGGCCCCCGUCGACCCUGCCUGCACGCGGCCCUUUCCGACCCUGGCUACGAGUCGGCGCACCUCCCCGACGACGACCGCGACGACCCCGAGCACUCGCGGCGGCAGCAGCUCUGCCACAGUGGGGGGGGCAUGUCCCUGCGGGAGCGCUGCGAGGGGCGCGAUGGCUCCCCGCUGCACCAGGGCCUCACGCGCUCGCGCUCCUUCGGCGGCCUCCUGAGCCACCGCAGGUCGGGCUCCGAGGCGGGCUCCCCGCAGCAGACGCUGGGCGGGCGGGAUGGGCGGGGCGCGGGCGUGCUGGGGCAGGCCGUGUCAUCGCCCCGGGACGUGCGCCGCGUCCUGUCGCUCCCGCCGCACGUCAAGGUGCCCAAGUCGCCGCGGCCGGAACGCGCGGCGCAGAUCAGCGCGAGCGUGGCCGCCGGCCUUCGGGAGUGCGUGUCCGUCACCCGGCAGGACCUCGACUCCCUCCGGCAGACACAGCAGGAUUCGCAGCUGCAGCAGGUAAGGACCCCCCUGCCCGGUGUUACGUUCCCUUUCGCUCAUCUGUCACAUCCCCAAACCUAUCACGUCAUGACUCGCGAAGCUGUUCUGUCUUCAACUGUCAGUAUUUUGCGCCCCUCAACAGCUGCCCCUCCCCGUAUGCGAGGCUAUCAUGUAACGUAACAGUUGUUGGGUCGU